AUGCCAUUGAUGUACUACCCUGGAAUACAUUCGGUAUGUGGCUUAUAUUCUCUGACGCACCGAAAUAGGCAGUCUCUUCAUGAUAUUCAUCUCAACCCAUUAUUCGUGGACGAAUUUUUUCAACCCGACAAAGUUGAGCCCGGACUACUUCAACAGUAUUUUUCGUUCGCAGAUCCCAAUGUCAGGUUUCUCGUCAGACAUCUCACAGCAUGUGCUAUGAUGAGUGAGGUCUAUCAUCUUCUUCCUGGAGCUGAAAUAUCGACGGCUGUCUUGAAAACAUGUCUGGCAGCAGCCAAAUGGGUACACGAAGCAACCGAAACUCCAGAUAGCGCGGGGUUGAAUAUAUCGCAAGCCUUCGCAUGCAUUGCUAUGUUAAAUUCCGGGACAUGCAAUUUAGCCCCCGAGAGCCUCUCUCAUGUCUUUGCCCUUUCGUCAGGUAAUUCUCUUUACAUACUUGCUAGCUUGCUCUGCGAUCCUUUCGAGAGGCCACAUGCCUCGGAAAUUAGAAGAGUGGUAGGAAACGUUGGAAGACCGGGGAUGACCUUCCUAAUCUCACCCCCCGAAGUCAAGACACGAGAAGCAGACCCGGGACAAUGGAUGGCCAUAAAUCACUCUGCUUUCGAUGGCCAACCAGCAAACCACUUCGGGAAUACUUCUAUUCAUCUGUCGUUCACGAAUUACAAGAACCCCUUGAUCCCAGAUGAAAACCAUCAGCAUCUCAUUGACCGCGUCUUCGUGCUUGUUGAGACACUUGUUUCAGUUUUUGAUGGACAAGCCUGGGUUGGCGAAGUAGACAUCUUGAAAACUUUCAACCAUCAUGUUAUCCAACGGGCUGUCAACGAUCAGUUCUGUUCUCAUGCAGAAAGGGGUGUUUCUUAUGAGGCGGUUGUGCGCAAGUUCUCACGUCUUGCUGCUACAAGUAUUGAAAACUGGGACGAGCUGAUCGAAGCACCGGCCUCUGGUACUAUUGUUGCGAAGCGCAUAAAAGUUGGCUUGCCAGGCUCGCGAUUACGGCCAUGGCUGUGA